AUGGGUGCUUAUGCAUUCCUGAUGAUACAACAGUGCCAAGGGAUGUUGGAUGAAAUGGCAGGAAGAUUAACACCAGAUGGUGAAGAGAUUCUCCGAUCAAUCACUACAAUAUUCAAAAAUGAUAUGAAAGAAUAUGGUAGAAUUGAUUUGCUUCGGUUUGCUUUCGGCUUUACACCGUUAGCAAGGAAGAUCAUCAGAGACAAGAAGGGUUUUGUAGGAAAGACAAGCUAUCCACCUAUAAUGCAGUUGAAAGAUGUGCAAGUCCCAACGAUUCCUUCCCUGAGGAUCAUCAAUCGCGAGAUCACAUUUGAGAAACUCGGCGAAAUCCUUGAAGAAGAACGAACAGAACGUGUUGACGAGGUAGCCGAGCAUGAUGAAGAGAUCCAGCAAGCAGAAGAGGAACAAAUGCUUAACGACGAUCAUGCAGCCGAAACAAAUGCCGAUGGUUCGAGGAAUUCCUUGGUCUGGGAUGUUGUAGAUGAAGAGAUAAAAGAUCUAUACACAUUCAUGAUAACAAUCCUCAGACAAAGAGCAAUUGCCGAAUCAACAGUUGAUCCAACAAUCAAUAAAGACGAUAGAGCCAAGGAAUUGAGUGAUGCUUACGAUUUCUUCAUAGAGCAAGAUGAUUCCCAUCUUAUAAAUGGUCAUCAUCUUGCUCAAAAUGAUGGCAAGUUUUGGUACAUGAAUGGCAUAAAGCAACUAAAAGCAAUAAGACCAAUUGGAAAAAGGAUGAUGUCACUUUCGUGCAGUGAAGCAGAUGUAGAACGUGUAAUAUCUGAAUUGCGAAAGACAAGAAAUUCAAUGAACGAAUCAUGCAAAGAAGAAUAUGUAGCAUGCCGCUUCUUCAUCAAGUUGAAUGAUGAUCAAUUUGAUAUUUGA